AUGAACUUCAGAACCGACGAAUUCGGCGGUAGCCCCGCCGAACGCGCCGAGAUCGUCCUCCGAAUAAUCCGCCGCAUCAGAGCCGAAACCAGCCCCUCCUUCACCAUCGGAAUCAAACUCAACAGCGUGGACGCCUCUGCCUCAUCCCUGGACGAAGUAAUGACGCAAAUCAGCCUGGUCAAAGACGUUGGAAUCAACUAUAUGGAAAUCUCUGGAGGGUCCUAUGAAGACCCCGACAUGAUGAAGGAGCCCGACCAGGCACCCCCAGUGAAGAAAAGCACGCUUCAGCGUGAGGCGUUCUUCCUCACCUUCGCGCAAACAGUCCGCUCGCACUUCCCUGCCCUAAUCCUCAUGGCCAGUCACAGGCGGAUUCCGUACUCGGAUUGGCAUGGAAGCAGCUCUCCAAUCAGGCGCUUGCGAUAUUAUCGGUAUUGGUCGUCCUGCGGCCGUUCUCCCGCUGCCGCCGAAAGAAAUUAUACUGAAUUAGGAGAUCCGGGAUGA